AUGUCAUUUUUCAUUCACUCUUCUGAAUUUAUAAAAAUUUUAACAUCAAGGAAACUAUUUAGUAAAAAUAAUAUCAGUUAUAUUGUAGAAAGUACUCGUCAAAAUUAUACGAACCCAGUUAAUAAGAUAGAAUAUAAAAAAGUUUUUGGUCAUUGGUGGUGCAAAGGCUGUGGACGUGGAUGGAAAAGUGGAUACACAUGGGUGGCUCUGGAUCUAUUUGACAAAAAUGUUAAUGCCAAAGAUUUCAAGAAAGCAGAAGAUCAAAUUUAUCAAGAUUGUUUAAGAUGCGAUAAAAUAAAUCCUGCCAAGAGAACCACAAAACUUUUAAGUUACGAAAAAUUGACUCCAAGUCCUAUAACAAAUGAUAAUAAUAAACCACAUAAGAGGGAAUUAUGCGAAAAGUGUAAAUCUGGAGCCAUAUGUAAUUGUAAGUAA